AUGCCGCCAGCCAGGAGGGCCACCAGGCGCACAGCCCACGGCACACAGUCGCAACAGCCUGACACCACCUUGGCCGCAGAGGACCCCGAUCACGCCGGCUCGCAACACGACGCCGCAGCCCAAGACAAAGCAACGACCUCCCAGCAAACGCACGCUCGCCCCAGUCGCAGCCCGGCAGACUCUGGCGACGCACAAGACGACGGCAUGCCUGCGACGCCGGAGGCAGCAGCAGAUGACGGCGUUGAUGGCGCUGGCGCAGGCGGUGGCGCGGACCCCGACAACGACGCCCAGCUGCCCAGCUCCACCUUUUCGGCCCGCAACGAGCGCGACCACGUCAAAAUCAUGCUCGCCACCGACAACCACGUCGGCUACAUGGAGCGCGAUCCCGUCCGUGGCCAGGACUCGAUCCGCACCUUUGAAGAGAUCCUGCAGCUCGCCGUUGAGCACCAGGUCGACCUCAUCCUCCUCGGCGGCGACCUCUUCCACGAAAACAAGCCGUCCAGAGCCACGCUGCACCAGGUCAUGGCACUCUUGCGCCAGUACACGCUCGGCGAUCGCCCCAUCCAGGUCGAGCUGCUAAGCGAUCCAAACGACGGCGCGCUUCCCGGCUUUGACUUUCCUGCGGUCAACUACGAGGACCAGAACCUCAACGUCAGCAUCCCCGUCUUUUCCAUCCACGGCAACCACGACGACCCUCAGGGCACGGGAGAGACGGGCGCCCUCUCCGCCCUCGACCUCCUCUCGGUCUCGGGCUUGAUCAACUACUUUGGCAAGGUCGAGCUGCCCUCGGACGACGCUACCGCCGCCGCACCCUCAUCGCGCGCAGCCAAGGGUAGCUUCCAGGAAAAGGGCAUCCGCAUCAAGCCUGUGCUGCUGCAAAAGGGCAACACCAAGCUCGCCCUCUACGGCAUGGGCAACAUCAAGGACGAACGCAUGCACUUUGAGCUCCGCGCCAACCGAGUUCGCAUGUUCCGUCCGCAGGAGGAUCCGGAUUCGUGGUUCAACAUCCUUUGCGUGCACCAGAACCGAGUCGCUCACAAUCCCAAGGCGUGCGUUCCCGAAACCAUGUUUGACGACUCGGUCCACCUCGUCGUUUGGGGCCACGAGCACGAGCAGCUCAUCCUGCCGCAGUCGGUGGCAGAGAAGCGCUAUCACAUCACCCAGCCGGGCAGCAGCAUCGCCACCAGCCUGAUGCCUGGCGAAGCGGUGGAGAAGUGUGUCGCCAUCAUCCAUGUCGAGAACACCGACUUCCUCAUUGAACCGAUCCCCCUCAAGACGGUGCGGCCCUUUGUCAUGGACGACCUGCGCCUCGACGAGGAGCUCGAGGAGCAUGGUCUAGAGCCCAAGCGCGGCGACAUCAUGAAGCUGUUGCGCAUGCGGGUCAACGAGCUCAUAGACAAGGCGAGGCAAGAGUUCACCGAGAGGUUCCCGGACCGCGAGAUGCCGCUGCCGCUGAUCAGGCUGCGCGUCGAGUACGUGGCCAACCAGGAGAUCAGCAAUCCUCAGCGCUUCGGCCAGGAGUUCAACGGCAAGGUGGCCAACCCCAAGGACGUGCUGCAAUUCACCAAGCGGAGGGCAGGUACCAGCGCAAAGGACAAUGACGCGUCCAAUGCCUAUGUCGACGUGACCGGGCUCGAUCUGCUGCCUGCCGAGAAAUUGGAGCGGGUCGACGUCGGCAAGCUGGUGCAGGAGUACCUGCAGGCGCAGAAUCUCGACAUCCUCAACCCAGAGGGCCUCGAGGGCGCGGUGGUCAACUUUGUGGAGAAGGACGACAAGGACGCCAUCGACAGCUUCGUCAAAAAGAUGCUGCGCAAUACGGUCAAGGGCCUGGUGACGAUUGAUCCGGAAGAGGCGCAGCUGCAAAACGAGCUCGAGCGGCUGAGGCAAGAGCAGCAACGGGGUCCCAGGGCAGGCGGCGGCUCAGUCGAGGACGAUGACGACGAAGAUGGGCACGCUGGUCCUGCCAGGUCGGCGGCGGCCUCGAGCAGGCGCAAGCAGGCACCCGCUGCGUCGACGAGUCGCCGAGGUGGGAAGGCGGCCGCGCGCGACUCGGACGAGUCGAUGAUGGACGACCUUGAUGCCGACGAAGAUGUCUUUGACGACGACGAUGAUGAGGACGAGGACGAUGGCCGUGCGGGCGCCAAAGGUCGAGGAGGCUCUCGCGCAUCGCCCAAGAAAGCCAGCCGUGGCAAGUCUGCCACUACGGCAGGCGGGCGGGCUGCCGCCUCUACGCCGCCGAAGACGCGCGCGGCACCGACACGAAGGGCGGCUGCCAAGGCGGCAGAGAAGACGUUCCUGGGUCCGAGCGACGACGAAGACGACGAGGCGGAGUUCGUCGACCGUGCCGCCCCGGAGGAUGUCAUCAUGAUUGACGACGACGACGACGAGCCGGAGCCGACGCCAGCUCCCGGGGCUAGCCGGCACGCCGCAGCGCUGGGCCUCUCAACGUCUCGCACCACGACGGGGGCUCGAGGGAAAAAGGCGACUGCCAGUACGCCGGCCACGGCCAAGACUCGAGCGGCGCCCGCAAAGAAGGCGGCCGCAACAGGCUUGCGACAGUCGCAGUUGUCUUUCGGCAGUCGUCCGGCGACGGCGACGAGGGGCCGCCACGAGGAGGUCGACGACGGCGACGAAGACGAGUUUGAAGAGCCGACGAGCACCAGGUCGAGGGCUGCCGCAUCGGCCAGUACCCGGAAGACGGCGACGAGGCGUUGA